UUCUACAAAUUAUAUUUACGUAAAUUUCAAUAAUACUUACAAUUUGUUUAUGUUAAUUUUUAAAGUAAAAUAUAAAGAAUUUGAGAUCGAAAUCCAAUGACGUCACCAUUGGAUCAUCCAUUUUCUAGCACACGGGCAAUCUUUCCAGUGGUGACGUCGAGCCUCACCUGGCAACAAGAUGCUUCAUCAUCAUCAUCCCAACAUUCCCACUCACUGUUUGUCAUCUUCCAUCCAAAACUGAGCUCUUCUGAAAAGCGAGCGAGGCACAAUCGACUGGAACUCCUUGCCUCUGAUCUCCCUGGGCGAGGGUUUUCUGGACAGAACAUACACGGGACAGGUCAGGUGACCCGGACCGGGGGGGGGGUAGACCGCAGCCGCCUGCAGGGGGGCGGGGCAUGUGUCCGGCCGAAGACGGCGUGGUGGUGAGGCCUUGACCACAGUUGCAUCAUGGGAAACGUGGAGAGUCUGAAUGGCGAGAGCGGCUCCACGGGGCACCUGUCCCGUAAACACACGUCCCGCUCCCUCCGCCUGUCCGGCAAGCAGCCCGUCACACGCCGCGCCCGCCAGUCCUCGUCCGCCAAACAGGAGCACCGCCACUCUGAGGCGUCCACGCGCUCCUCCAGCACUCCCAGCAUCCCUCAGUCGCUGGCCGAGAGCGGCGCCGAGCCCUUCGACGCCGCCGACGGCCUGGCGGACUUCGCCGUCAGCCCCCACUGGACGCAGCGCGUCGCCAUGACGAUGAGGCCCGAGUCCUUCCAGCAGGACGACGACGAGGCCGUGGCCACGCCCACGCCGGAGACGUCCGAGGCGGACACCCUGGGCCGGGACUACGGCGAGGACUCGGCGGGGGAGAAGGACUGUUUCAAGAAGAAGCGCUCCAAGUCGGCCGACAUGUGGCGGGAGGACAGCCUGGAGUUUUCUCUGUCGGACCUGAGCCAGGAACACAUGACCAGCACCGAGGAGAUGGUGGACGGUGGCGAGGAGGAGGAGGAGGAGGAGGAGGAGCAGUUCCCUCGGCCCCGACCCUCCGCAGGUGCGGCGGAGAGGGCCUCGUCCUUGGACCACCUGUGCAGCCAUCAGAGUCCAGGCCUCAGGGGCCAAAAGGGCCACCACACCAAGGGCCGCAGGGACGACGCCAGCGCCGAGGUGGUGCUGAUGUCCCCGGGUGAGGAGGACGUCGGUGCCGCCUACGGAGCUUUCACCCUCCCCUGCCGACGCUCACACUGCCUCUCCGAGGGCCGGCAGGGGGCCAGAGGCGCCUGCACACCCGCACCGUGUCCCGUCUUCCAGGGACGCCGCGCACAAACCACUCAGGACAUCUCGUCUGUGGUGGGCUCGGGCAGUGAGUACGGUGACAGUGGCAUCGAUGGCGUGGCGGCCGAGGCGGACGGAGACGGCGAGCUGUUGUCACGGCGAUGCAAGACCAUGUCAGCAUCCUUCUCCGUGUACUCUACCACAGAGAGCAUGCUCUUCAACGGCAGCGACAGUGGUAGCAGCAGCGCCGGCUGGGCGGAGGGACGCGGCGGCGGUGGUGGAGGUGGAGGUGGAGGUGGUGGUGGCGUCUACGAGAACUUCCGCAAGGAGCUGGACAAUCAAGUCUGGGCCCAUCGAGGCUGCUCGGAGGAGGCGGGCUCAGCAGCGAGCGACGAGCAGAGCAGCGGCACGCUCAGCAGCGCCUACCCGUCGGACUGUGCGACCGGCUGCGCCCAGGGCACGGUCAGGAAGGCGGGCGCGCUGGCCGUGAAGAACUUCUUGGUCCACAAGAAGAACAAGAAGGUGGAACCCGCCACCAGACGCAAGUGGAAACACUACUGGGUCUCUCUGAAAGGCUGCACUCUGUUCCUGUAUGAGUCCGACGGCCGCUCUGGGAUCGACAACAACAGCGUUCCCAAACACGCUCUGUGGGCCGAGAACAGCAUCGUGCAGGCGGUGCCGGAACACCCCAAGAAGGAUUUUGUCUUCUGCCUCAGCAACUCUGCAGGAGACGCCUUCCUCUUCCAGACGUCGGGCCAGACAGAACUGGAGAACUGGAUCACGGCCAUCCACUCGGCGUGCGCGGCCGCCCUGGCCCGCCAGCACCACCGGGAGGACACGGUGCGCCUGCUUCGCACCGAAGUCCGCAAGUUGGAGCAGAGGAUCGACAUGGACGAGAAGAUGAAGAAGAUGGGGGACAUGCAGCUCUCCACCGUCACCGACGCCAGGAAGAGGAAGACCAUCCUGGAGCAGAUCUUCCUGUGGGAGCAGAACCUGGAGAGGCUCCACAUGGACUUGUUCCGCUGCCGCUGUUACCUGGCCAGCCUGCAGGGCGGCGAGCCUCCCAACCCCAAACGCCUGCUGGGCUUCGCCUCGCGUCCCACCAAGCUGGUCAUGGGUCGGCUGGGAAUCUUCUCCGUGUCCUCCUUCCACGCGCUGGUGUCUGCCCGCACGGAGAGCAGCGUGAAGAGGCGGAGUCAGGCGGUCCAUCGCACCUUCAGCAAGCGUCGCAGCCGCUUCUCCUCCCUGUGGGGUCUGGACACCGCCGCACGCAGGAAGUCCAAGGGACACCCCUCCAUCAGCCAGGUGUUUGUUGACGGGGGAGAGACGCCCAAGCCGCCCGUAGAGCAGACCUUUGAAGACUCGGCCAGCGAGAAAUCUAAGGACAGGGAGAGCUCGGUGAAAAGUCUUCCCCAGCUGACCCCAGACAACGACAUCUGGGUCCCGGAGAACCUGGCGCCCUCCUGGGUGUGCCUGCCCAACGACCAGCCCGUCCUGGCCGUGGUGCAGCCCGGAGACACGGCGCUGGAGGUCCUGAGUGCCGUGUGCAAGGUGGGUCAUCAGCACCAGACAUCCACCGCUGCCUUUUUUUUCAGGGCCGAUACCAAAUGUUAGUAGUGAGGGAGGCCGAUACCGAUAUUUGGAGCUGAUAUUUAUUUUGCCAAAAUAAGCCGUUUUAAAUGGCUUGUCGGAUUAAAAAAAGGUUGUUACAUUUAAAGUGACAGUAAUGGCGAUCAUAGAGACUGAUUACUAUUAUCAAUUCAACACAGAUAAAAAAGGCUAACGCCGAUACAUGUCGAACUACUUAAUAUCGGCGGCGAUAAUCGGUCAGCACGUGCAAUUAUCGUAUUUUCCGGACCAUAGGGCGCACCGGAUUAUAAGGCGCACUGCCGAUGAGCGGGUCUAUUCAGGUCUAUUUUCAUACAAAAGGUAUGGAGUACAUUUAUUCUCAUCCGGAAACAACACCGGAAAUGCGUCCCGUGAAAAAAUGUCCGACCGGAACUCUCUAAUAACUAAAUUGGUAAAAUGAUGACAAAAGUCAUCAUUUUACUAAAAAAAAAAUCACUAUUUUACAAGAACAACAAAAAAAUUUGCAAAACUAUGACAAAAGUCAUCAUUUUACACAAAAAAAUUUCAUUAUUUUACAAGAACAACAAAAAAAUUGGCAAUAUUG